CCGUUCGUGGGGCUCUCCGUACUCUCCUCUCACCCGUCCUCCUCACCACUAUCACCGUCUUCUCUGCGUUUCUCACUUUUGAGGACCGACUUGAACGAAUCAUAUACACGGACAAGUUCUACUCGACCCGAGAGGUUGGAUUAGAUUGGAUUUGACAGCCGAGUUGACCCAUCUGCCAGUGUUGGUUUCGACUUGAUUGGUUUGGGCCGCGCAUAUCCCUUCUGAGUUUCCACACCCGUGACCGCGCGGCGGUUUUUCUGUUCUUCUUCUUCUACCAUCACGACUUGACCACGACCGCCAUCUCGUCCUCGUCCCCGUCCAUUCCCCUCGUUUGAGUCGCGUCCUUGGUCUCGUUCGACGACGACCUUCCUGCCUGUCUUUCACAUCGUUCAUAGAGAUGUAUUCGGGAAAUACAAAAUCCUUCAUCGCUCUCGGAGUCAUCGUUGGGAUAACACUGCUGUUCCUCGUACCCUGCGCCGUCUACCUCAUCCGUCACCGUCAUCGGGGACGUCGACCUGCAAAAGAUACCGAGUCUAAUACCACAACGACCGAAAGUGAUCUGACUUCGACGCACACUGUACCUGUAUCCGUCCAGACUACAACGUCUGAUGUAGUCGCGCCGUUCAAUGUCCCACAGUACUCCACCGAUCGAACCCCAGGCGCGAACAUGCGAAUAGCCUGUCUACGCUCGGACGGUUCAUGGCAAUUCACAUACCCCGGGGACCCCACAAAACUCAAGGGUCUCUGCGACGUCGAUAUCGAAGCGAAGCUCCAUGCGGAGGAGAUGGCGGCGAAGAAGCGUGCCGAGGCUGCAUCAGAUGGUGGCGAAGGGGGUGGGGAUGGGAUGUCGGACGAUGAGACGUCUACGGUUGUCUAUUCUCCGUCUACCACCAACACUGGCACUGGCAACGGCAACGGUAAGAUCCCGAUGCCGACGAUACCUGACCAGGACGAUGAUGCCAACAAGACGCCCCCGCCUUCGUACUCGUUCGUGGAGAGGUCCGUGCUGGCUGGUCGCUGAUACACUCGGGGACGGGUGUGCUGGCUCACGUCAAUGUCGAGGUUAGUGUAGGGAUGCGAUGUCUGCAUGUGGAGGGAGUGGUGGUGGUAGCGCGUUUAAGUGUGCUAUUCCGGUCUUGCACAUGGACAGAUGGUUUGAUGGUUUGAUGCGGCUGUGUUCGGGCAUAUGAUGUCGGUUUUUGGCGACGCUUUACGCUUUCACGCUCUUCAUGGUCUCUCCUUUACCUUACAUGCUCAUAUUGCGUCGCUUGCACCGCCUUGUUCGAUUUUUUUCUUCGCCUGUGGCCCCUCUUCCUCUUUUUUUUUUUGGAUCCCGUCAUUCUCCGGUUUGCUUUUGGACUCACUCCUUUCGGUCUUGUUGCGCGUGUUCGUUACACAUUACUACACCCUCUUUUAUUAUUUAUGUUACUCCCUUUCCUAUUUGGCUGUGCAUGCGCAUACCCUUCGUUUGUAUUCUACUGUGUUGUCAGUGCCCUCAUUUACUUGCGUUUCAUUUCUUGUGUUUUCGAUAACCUGCCUCCGAUGGCAAUCAUCUUGCUCUCCCCAUCUUCGUAAAC